AUGGCGUUAGGAAGACAACAAAAUGAAAAAAACAGCAACGAAACAAAUGCACAAACAUCAACAAGACGACACAACAUCGACAACACACUCCUCGGAAAGAAAGAACAGACAAAGCGAAGCCUUCGCAUCUUAUUAUUGACUUCAGCCAAUCAGAUUCGAGUAUUCCGCUUAUUAGCCAAUCAGAUUUGGUCAUUCCGAAGCUUGACCUUAUGUUUGUGUUGUUUUAGCAACCAAAAUGGCGGUCAAGCAGAGUGAGAAAAAUUCAACAAAACGUCAUAAAUUUAAAUAUUUUAUUUCCAACUGAAAUGGAACAGUAUAAAAUACUUGGCCGCAUUGGGGAAGGUGCUCAUGGCAUUGUUUUUAAGGCAAAACAUAUUCAGGUAGCUUGUUGGUAUCGAAAUUAAUGUUAACUUUUUGAAAGACAUUGAAUGAUUGAAAUUUGAAGUAACAAAUGCCAUUUUUAGAGUGGAGAAGUAGUGGCAAUAAAAAAAGUUCCACUAAGAAAACUAGAGGAUGGCAUUCCAAACCAAGCAUUAAGGUAGAAAACUAUCAUUAAAGGGCAAUAAUUAAUUUGGGUUUUCAUAGGGAAUGCCCUGGGAACGAGGUUGUUCAUAGACAUAGUAUAGGCAGGCUGUGCAUCUCAGCUGAUCUAAAUUCAGUCAUUUGGCUGAAUCUCAUGGCCAGUUAUGAAGGGCCUGUAGAGAGUUCCGGAAAGGCCUGACUAAUUUGCCUUCAAAUCCUGGCAUCAUUCCAUGCACAGUCGUGCUUCCUGAGCCUUCCAUAGUGAUAUGAAUCCCUAAAAUUUUGACCCUUGCUAGAAAACCCAUACAGACCUUCAAUUAUUAAUCCCCAAACUGCCUCACUUUGAUGGGCAAUAUUAACCAGUGUUAAACAGUGUAAGUCACCAUCAUAAAAGGAUGGGUUUAGGUUAGGUUGAACAUUAACCCAUUAAGUUGUAUUGUGCCCUGAUGUGCCCUACUUUAUUAUUUUACUUUGUCCAAAUUAGCCAGAUGUUUUUACCCUUGAAAGGGAGAACAGCGGUGCUGGUUAAAGUACCAAUAACUGAAUAGUAUUACCUGUUUCCUCUUUUGUUUAGGGAAAUAAAAGCUCUCCAGGAAAUUGAAAAUCAAUUUGUGAGUUGCAGAUGUUUGAGCCAAAGCAUUUUACACAAUGUCCUGAAUAAAAAAAGUGUUUUUUUACAUUGCCAUUUUGUUUCAUACUAGGUUGUUCAGCUUAUUGAUGUAUUCCCGGAUGGUGCUGGGUUUGUCCUUGUCUUUGAAUACAUGUUGUCUGAUCUGUCUGAAGUCCUUAGGAAUUCAGAUUGUCCUCUUACUGAGGUAAAAAUCCUGUCUAUGACCGUAAUCUGCAUGAUAGCUAAAGUACCAUUUCCAAUUGACAGACUGUUGUGUGUAUAACAAGGCCACAAAGAGAUUCCUCUUAAAAUUCCCUGCCCCUUCCCACUCUAAUCCCCACCCUGCCCCAUCAUGAAAUUUCCAGCCUCGUUCCCCAGUCCCUGUCUUGAAAUCUCAAGUUCCCAUUUCUCUUGAAAUCUUCACCAUGCACCCCCCUCCUCCUCUCACAGUCCUUACCCCUUCCUUUUAAAAUCUUCCACCCAAACUCCAGUCCCUCUUGCAAUUCCCACCUACCUUUGAAAUCUUCAACAUCCCCAUCCUCGUACCCAGGGUCUUUUUGCAACAUCCCACCUCUUGCAAUCUUCACCACACUCUCUCUUGAAAACUCUAUCCACCCUCUUUUGCAAUCUCCAACCUCUUUUGCAAUCUCCAACCCACCUCUGCAAAUUGCAAUACCUUCCUCUCUAGUAAUACCCACCUCCCUUUUUCCUGGAAAAGCAAUCAACCUACCUGCCCCCUCCCGCUAAAAAAAUUGCGCCUACUUAAUUGUGCAGAUAUUCUCUCAUCAGAUGAGGGUAGACUGGGCACCAGUAAAGUGUGCACUCUGUGUGAACUUUGCAGUAUUGGGAUCAUAAACAAAUUAAUUCUUAAUAUUUGGCAUGUUCUCUUAGGCACAGAUCAAGAGUUACAUGGGAAUGCUCCUUAAAGGCGUGGCAUAUUGUCAUGACAACUCCAUAGUUCACAGGGUGCGUUUAAAAUGAAUUUGCAUGGUGUAUACUUAUUGAAAUUAACGUAGAAUUGGAUUGCACAAAAUUUAUUUGUAUUUAGGAUUUGAAACCUGCGAAUCUUCUAAUCAGUUCCACUGGUCAUUUGAAAAUUGCUGAUUUUGGUCUUGCUCGAGUUUUUUCAACAGAUCAAGAUCGUCUGUACAGUCAUCAAGUGGCCACAAGGUAGUGCAUAUCUAAAUGGCCUCGUUCUUUUAGCAUUAGGGAGAUUUAGAUUCAAGAUGGCAGAGCGAACGUAAAAUGAAGUGGAUGCAAAAUGGUGCAAGGGGUGAGAUCCUGGAUUUGCGAGUGGAGAUUGUUGGAAGGGGGAGGGGCUAGAUUGAAAGGGGGGAGGUAGCAAGGUGACGCAUAUUUGACUUCUAUGACUGGGGGUUGAAAUUAACAAAAAACACUAACGAGAGCGUUUGGAACUGAUAGAAGUUUAUUUUUAUCACACCUUUUUUAUCACACCUAUUUUACCGUUAGAUAUAUUUGUGUGAAAGAUAUUGAGUUUACUGACCCUUUGUUGACACCAUUCCAGAGAUCUCGGCAUUUGCGUUUCCAAACUCAACUGCUUUGAAUUUUAUUCUUUAGAUGGUACCGCGCACCAGAAUUGCUAUAUGGUGCAAGAAAAUAUGACGAAGGCGUCGACUUAUGGUGUGUGGAAUUCUGUUAUGUUUUCUGUUAUGAGCAUUUCUUGAUAGUAUAUAUGAACAACGAGAGCAAGUGUUUCACCGGGAUAUCCAAACACGAAAAAACAAUGUAUGAAAACACGAGCGAGAAGCGCGAGUGUUUUCAUACAUUGUUUUCGAGUGUUUGGAUAUCCCGGUGAGACACGAGCUCGAGUUUGUUUAUAUGGCUUCUUAAAUUAAUCGAGACGUAACAGAAUGUUUUCGUUUGCUGAUUUGAAUAGAAUUCUUAACCAAGCAUAACGUAAUUAGGAAUUCUAUUCAAGUAAUUUUGUAUGCGUAAUAAGAUAUUUGAUGAAAACACUAGUGACUUUCAUCAAAUAUUACGUAUGCAGCUAUAAAACUCUUGUGGUGCUGUGUCUCACGGUGUUUGACCGCGAUAUCUAAACAGCAUCUUGUGACGGAAUGCUUACAUGCUAUUGGUAUAAUUACUCAUGAAUUAUUAAUGAAUUUGAGAUAGUAUAUUCAGACAUGUUGCCUUUUGUUGUGUAAUUUGGGUUUGUUUUUCAGGGCAGUUGGAUGCAUAUUUGGGGAACUUUUGAACAAUUCGCCAUUGUUUCCUGUGAGUGUGAUUUUCUUCUAUAUCAGUUUUGAUAUAAUUUCCAAACUUUUUCCAGCUCCUUACACAUUUCUGGUAUCUGUUUCAGGGUGAAAAUGACAUUGAACAAUUGUGUUGUGUUUUGCGUGUGUUGGGAACACCAGACGAAGCAAGCUGGCCUGUAUGUACAUUUUAUCCUGAGGCCGGUUAUUCAAAGCUGUAUUCGCGCCUAAACCUGAGUUAAAAUUUAACCUUACCUGCAGUUUUUGGUUUCUGUAUUUCUGCAUGUCUUUUCAUUUUAAAACUUUAGAAAAUAAAACCUCUGUUAAUCUAGAAAAAUAUUUCCAUGUUUAUACCCAAGCUGUUGGGAAGAUCGCUUUGAAGAUUUUGUUAACUCAAGGUUAAGCUAAUAGGUUUUUGAACAAUAGUAAAGUUGUUAAGUCUUAAGAGGCAAUUUUUUUCAAUGUCACGUAUUUGCAAUGAAAAGUGUUCAAAACCUAAAAUCUUUUUUGCGUUCCUCUCAAAAUUACUUUGUUUUACCUUUAUUCUCUAGUUUAUAGAGUUAGCUACCUUUUUAAAUGCAUCUGCCGGUUGAGAAACAUAAAAUAAUAGUUAAAAAUUGUCAAUUAAAAUACAAUUAUCAAUGAUGCUUAAAAUUGACGCCAUAUUUACAGUCGUAUAGGCAAAACUUACUGAACUUCAGACAUCAUUUUCUCUUUGGCGUAUCAUCUAAAAUCUCUUCAUUUUAGCAUUAUUUUACAGAUAAAGCACUAAACAUACUUUUUAAGUUUGUUUGCCGAUUGAGAAACGUAUCGAAAAAUAAAAAUUUUGAAUUUAGUCAUAACCUCGAGUGAUAUAUUAUACGCAUUAGUUUUGAGCGCGUGGUACGUAACAUACAAAAAAAUCUCCUCAAAAAAAUGGUCACCAAUCAACACCCCUAAUAUUUUUAGGGGAUGACAACACUUCCAGAUUAUAAUAAAAUAACCUUUCCUGAAAUGCCUCCAAUACCUUUGGAGAAGCUUGUACCGGAUGCUACCUCGGAGGUAAGUCCAGCUAUAUUCUAUAGACUAUACGCAACCAAAACUGAGAACCGUCUUUCAAUAUUUUUUUGCUGUUUGUAUAUUACAGGCUGUAGAGCUGUUAAAGAAAUUUUUGGUUUAUCCUUCCAAAUCAAGAAUAGCUGCAGCCGAAGUAAGCAGAAAUCUCGUAGUUUUGGUAUGAAAGUGAAUGAAACUUUUCAUUUACUAAUUUAUUUAACAAGUUUGAACUUUUGUUUCAGGCGUUACUUCAUCCGUAUUUUUUCAAAGAACCUCUACCAGCACAUCAUUCAGAACUGCCCAUACCAGCCAGGAACACUCGACUGCGUUCAGGUGCCCGCGCUGCAAUUGGUAAGCUGUUUUAUACAGAGACACCUCUUGAGAAAUCUUUAGUGCCACCUGAUGACAUCAAACCUUACAUCCGAAAAUACUGA